AUGGCUAGGUCUGCCGACAGCAAACCCUUCUUCGGCGUCAGAGGCGGAUGGCUAGUCUUCUGGAUCACCGUGGCGUGCGGUGCAGACAUGUUGAUGUCUGGCUAUGACCAGGGUGUCUUCAGCAGAGCCACACUCUCGGAUGAUUUCCUCGACAAACUCCAUUUGCGGGGUCGAACGACCAUCAUCUCAGCCAUCAAUGCCAUCUAUGCUAUUGGGUGCUUCGUUGGAUCUCUCAUCGCCUUCGCGAUGGGAGAGUGCCUCGGUCGAAAGAAGUCAAUCUAUAUCGGCACGACGGUCAUCUGCGUGGGAGUCAUCCUCACGUCUGCAACCUUCAGCCUGGUUCAACUAUUCGUCGGUCGGAUUGUCCUGGGAAUCGGUAAUGGCAUCAACACGGCGACUGCCCCAGUCUGGCAGAUCGAAACAUCGCCCGCCCAGUGGCGAGGAAAACUGGUCAUGUUGGAAAUGUCGCUCCAUGUGGCCGGCUUCACCAUGGUCAACUGGGUCAAUUUUGGCGUGGCCCACAUCGACGGCGGUUUCGCCUGGAGAUUUCCCCUUGCUCUGCAGUUCAUCUUCAUUGUCAUCAUCUACGCAACCGUCUGGUGGCUCCCUGAAAGCCCUAGAUGGCUGGCGCAACACAACCGGCUCGACGAAGCCAACCUCGUCCUUUCGUGCCUCGAAAACAAGGGCAUCGAAGACACAUGCGUCCUGACGCAGAUGGAAGAAAUCCAGGACAGCGUUCAACACGAGCGCGACCACGCCAUCCGCUGGAGAGAUCUUGUCAAGACCCAAAAGCACGAGGGCACCAAACUGUUACGCCGGCUCAUCCUCGGUGCCGCAGCCCAAUUUAUCCAGCAAAUUGAGGGUGUCAACAUCAUAUCCUAUUACCUUCCAUCCGUGCUCAUCGAGCAAGUCGGCCUCUCCAACCAUACCGCCCAUCUGGUCACAUGGAUCAACGCCUUCACCUACUUUGUCUUUUCCUCCGUUUCGAUCCCUCUCGUGGAGCGAUAG